UGGGAAGUUUGAAAUUAAAAGUGUAGAUUUUUAAAUUGAAAAAUAUCUGUCUUGUUACCAUUUUGAUAAUUACGUUAAAGAACCCAUGUAUUUAGGUAAAAAUGGAGAAUGCACUAAUAGAUGAAACGAAUAUCCCGGUUGAAAUUACCGAAUUAAGAGAUUCUGAAUCUGCUGACGAGUUUCAAAAGUUUAUCCACAAUCUAUUUGAAAACAACGGUGUUUUGAAUGAUCUAAGAGCUUAUUUGCGAGGGCAUAUUGUAAAUGUUUUACAAAAGGCUGAAAAAGGUGAGUCAUUAUGCCAGAAGAAUUUCACCCAGCGCUUGGAACUUACAUUUCAAGCUAUGAAUAUACUUAUUGCUGAAUAUUUACUUAGAUUGGAAUUUAAGUAUACUCUUUCAGUAUUCACAUCAGAAAUACCAUUAUCAAAUAUGGUUUUUAAAUUUGCCAAUGCUCUUUUAAAAUCAACGGAUUCUGCUUUAUCAGGACUGAGGUUCGGAGAAAAUGAUAUUUGGAGUAUUCUAAAUUACUUAGGUAUUAAAUGUGACUCAGAGCAUGCAUCUAAAAUUGUUGAAAUUUACAAGAACCAAGCAGAUUCUUCACUUUUGUGGUGUAUACUCAAAUGUAUACCAAUGUACCAAAAACCUAAGCAUCAAAAAGUGAAUUCAUCAGAGGAGAGCCAGUCAUGUAGUGCUAAGAGUGAUGACUCGCUUGAAAAUAUAGCAAAGAAUCCACACACUAACGGAAGUAAUAAAUGCGAACAUUUCACAUUUUGUAAAUCGUGUCAGAGCAGAGUUUCGAGAUUGCGAGAGAAAUAUAAAAGGAAGAAAAUCAAAGUUGAUGAGAAUUCAAAAAGUAUGGAAGUGAAUAAUCCGAAUGUUCCAACAUUUAUGCAAAAUAUCGGUAUUCUCGAGAAGUCUAUGAUCGAUGAGAUGUUCCAGCAGUUAAAGACCGUUUACGACGCGGAAAUGGAUAUGAUCAGAGAUGAAAAAGAGAAGAAAAUAAAACGUUCGAUAGCCAAUCACGCGUUACAGUUACAGAAGUACCGAGAAGAGUUGGAGCAGUCGUUCUGUGCGCGUCGCUCGGAGCUGACGCACAGCGCACAGCGCAGACAACGCUUCCUAUGCGAACUGGCGAGGAGACUUGCGCUCGCGCAGAAGCACCUCGCCCAGGAGGAAGAAAAAUUAAAAAUUCAAAUGCAAGAGGCAGAGAAAACCCUCGUAAAGAAAGGCGAAGAAAUGCGACAUCAAAUAUCAGACGAGCUGGCCAUAUUACAAUCUCAUUUAGAAACAGUAAAAAAAGAAAGAGAAGAUGUAAACAGAGAAAGAGUGGAGUUGGAUAACCUUAAGCAAAUAUACAACAAUAUUAAUAUAUUAAAAGAGGGAAAUAGCAAAGCAAAUGAAGAUUUAAUAUCGAAUUAUAAUUUAUUAAGGGACGAAGUCGUUACGCUGAGAAAGUACAUAGAAGCAAAUAAAUUAUCGACUUGUUUGGUCGAGAGGGGGACGGUGACGGAUUUCGGUGAUGGGGCGAAGAGUUUGAUGAACAACGAGAACGGUGGUGGGUGUAAAAGUGAUGAUGAAAGGCUCAAGGUCAACCAGGUUGUGAAUGAUUUUAAGAAGCGGAAGAAUGUUAACUUUAACCAGUCCAACAUCGAGGAUCCUUGUGGAGAAGUAAAUCGUCAGCGCAGUCCCGUGAGCACGGACAUCAGGUCGGAGAUAGACAAUGUAACCAUACAGCAGCUCAGAGACGAAAACGAGAGACUCAAAAUAUUUUCGAGACAGCUCGUUAAAGUCCACUGCUGGGCUCAAACUCCCCCCGUUGAGACUUCGAAUGAGAAAUCUUCAUUAUUCAAGGUGGCCAGUCCUGUCAACAGUAAAAUACAGGAGAAGAGCUCUAAGUCAGUUACAAAGGAAGCGAAACAGACAUUACGAGAUAAAACCGUUCUUUCGUCAGCGGUCAGUGAUAAAAGUUCCGACGCUACAAUUCGAGAAGCAAAACUUCGUUUACGAAAAUUAGAAAUAGAAGCGGAAGCUGUGGAGAAAUCUUAUCUAGAUUACAGGAUAAGACAGACAGAGUUGAGUAAGGAGAAAACUAACUCAAUUCUUGAUGAUGUGAAAAAAAUAGGUACAAAGAAAACAAAUUCUCUAAAAAAACUAGAUGAAAAUUCUAAUGUUAGUGACAAGUUUGUCUACAAAGGUUCCUCAGAAGCAAUAAAAAAAGAUUUUGAUAAAUAUUUUAAGGAAUAUCAAAGAACAAAUGACAAAAAAUCGCAUAUACAAAACAUAUAUUCUGUCAUUGAAAAAAUUAAACCGAUUCCUGAAUAUUAUUUACAUAAAAAUGAGAACGAAACUAACAACAUCAAUUACUUAGAAACUCCCUUGAUGGAAUUUAGAAAAUUAUAUCAAACUCAAAAGCCUAAGAUAAAUAAGUUAAAGAAUUAUAAUCACCUGAAUACCGAAACGGAUACAAGUGAACAAGCAAUUACUUCAAAUGUCAAAAAGGUAACAAGUGAUACACAAACUGAUUCAAAUAUACAACCCGAUAAUGGCGAUGAAAAUGUCGAUGCUCAUAAAGCAAAUUUACCUUUUGGGAAUGAAAUAGAUAUUCCAAAAAAUAUCAAUAAAAAGCAAAUUAAAAUAUUAGAAGACAAUUUUGAUAAUAAACAAAACUUGCAAGAAGUAUAUACUGAUAAUAUAGAAGAUUUUGAACAUGAAACAUCUAAAAAUAACGAAACUAAACUACCUCUUAAAAUUGAUAACCAAAAAUCUGAGGCAGAUGAAAAAAAUAAAACACAGGACGAAGUUGUAAUUGAAAUGAAUGAGCAUAAAUCUAACGUAGAAGUAGAAAAGGAAAAUUUAGUUAGAGCGAUCGAGAUAAUUGAGCAAAAAACUAACAAAGAAAUAGAACACGAAGAAAUAAAGAAAGAAAUAAAAAAUCUGCUUAUGGUUGAAGUUGAAAACGUAUGCGCUACAACCAAUAUUAAGGUUACAGAAUCUGACCAAGACUUAUUAGUCGUUGUCCAAAGUUCAGUUGACAGCAAAGAAUUAGUCCUGCGUGAAAUUGACAAAGAAAAAAUUUCAACCCAAAUGACGAUAUUAGUAAGUCCUAAAAGCGAUAUAAAAGAAGUUGAGGAUAAAACGAAUAACCUGUCUCCGGAACUUGCAAAAUUAACAGACAAUGAUGCGCUAAAUUCCAUAUAUCAUACUGAUGUUAAUGUAAUGUCUAGUACUGAUAUGCCGUUAGGUUUGAAUAAGAUAGACUUCAUUGGUGAUAUUGAAAGAUGCAGUCCAGAUUAUCCCGAUGACUUUUCAGCUGACGUCGAUAACUACAACAGUCAGUCCGACUACGGCAAAAACUCGCCUAUAUCCCUUCCGAAAACAUCCGAAGACGAUAGUUUUUGGGACUAA